AUUUAACUUCCUACGCUUACAACUGGCAUACAUGACUCGAAUAGGAUUAACGUGAUCCAUUCUAUUUUCACAAAACGAUCUACAAUUUUUUUACUCUUGUGUUACGAACAAAUUCGUAAAUCCUCUGAUUGGAAGAUACCGCUCUCCCGAAGGAAGUACAAAAUCCAAAAUAGUAAGAGAAAACCGUGGCAAAAGAUGAUAGGUAGUCGAAGUUAUUCUUGGGUAUUUUGUCGUCAUGAAUCUAGAUGUAAACAUAUAUAUGCAUCGCAUGAAAGAAGGUGCGAAACAGAGACGAAGAACGAGGUUGAAAAGAGGGAGGAAGGAGAAGAGGGACAAAGGAAGGAGGAGAUGGGUUCACGUAACACAGAUUCUGUAGAUGCAAACUGAGAAAACACGUGCUGGCAGUCCUACCUGAUCUCGCAACACAUACGUGCCUCCUAGCCAUCAUAUCUUCGUUUGUUCAUUACCUUCGACACUUGCACGUGGCGAUAAUUUAAUGUGAUGCGCUAUUGGCAGACCUGCAAAACACAGUGUCAUCGGAAGGAAAUCAUGUCGGUAGUAACGCCACUCCUGGUUAUGGAUCGCUGAACGGCGCGAGAACCACCGCCUAUAGAUCCUACGAUAAUCGAACUUCUCCGCUUCCGCCGCAAUCGCCGACUUAUCAGAACCGCGAGGCCAUCGAGGAGAGCAUCGCGAAAGGCAGCGGCGGAGGGAAGAUGCCUUCCCUGAACAACAAUCUGUCGGAGUUGGACACGUUGUUGCAAGAUCUGAGCAACGCUCGUUACAAUGCUCAUUAUCAGGAAAGAGAGAAUCGCGUUUCCUCGGGAGGAAUGAAUGGUGAUUCUAGUCCGAUGCUUCGUUCUCCGAGUAGCAUGUCAGCUUCAAGGCCCACCGUCGAUUCGUUGCUCGAAGAAUUGAGCACCGCGGUACCGAACGGGGAUUAUCCUGCCGAUGGUAGAGUGAAAGUUACCAUUCAAGAAACGUCCACGGAGGUGCAACCCGUGUACGAUGGUUAUCCUCCUAGACAGCACGGAUCGUUGAAUCGCAGCGAGGCCCAGAAGAGUUAUACCAAUGGUCACACCGCCAGCAACGCUACCAAGGAGCUUGACGAUUUAAUGGCUUCUCUCUCCGAAUUUAAGAUCAAUAGUAGUUCUCAUCAGCUUCAAACAGUGACCGAUUCUCCAUACGCCAAGCCGAACAAGGCGACCAAGAGUUCGCAAAGCCCGUUGCCACCCGAGGGCACGCAAACUCGAAUUCAUAUCACCGAGACUCACACUACUCAUCACCACCAGCAACAACACGGAGAGCCUUAUCCACCGCAGCCAGCGACUCAAACCAAACAGAAUCAGUUGGAUUCUAUGCUAGGAAACCUUCAAGCCGAUAUGAGUCGUCAAGGAGUGAACACUACUCAGAAGGGAUGCUGCAGCGCUUGCGAGAAACCAAUCGUGGGACAAGUGAUCACCGCUCUAGGUAAAACGUGGCACCCUGAACACUUCACAUGCACCCACUGCAACCAGGAAUUGGGCACAAGAAAUUUCUUCGAAAGGGAGGGUCAUCCUUAUUGCGAGCCCGAUUAUCAUAAUCUUUUCUCACCACGCUGCGCCUACUGCAACGGACCCAUUCUGGAUAAAUGCGUAACCGCGUUGGAAAAAACUUGGCACACGGAGCACUUCUUUUGCGCUCAGUGUGGCAAACAGUUUGGUGAAGAGGGGUUCCACGAGCGGGACGGAAAGCCGUACUGUCGGGAGGAUUACUUCGACAUGUUCGCGCCGAAGUGCGGCGGAUGUAAUCGUGCUAUUAUGGAGAAUUAUAUCUCCGCUCUAAACAGUCAGUGGCAUCCGGAUUGUUUCGUCUGCAGGGAUUGUAGACAAAAGUUUCAAGGUGGAUCGUUCUUUGAUCACGAAGGUUUACCCUAUUGUGAAACUCAUUACCACGCUAAGAGAGGGUCCCUAUGCGCAGGGUGCCAUAAACCAAUUACAGGUCGUUGCAUAACCGCAAUGUUCCGGAAGUUCCAUCCCGAGCAUUUUGUAUGCGCGUUCUGUUUAAAGCAAUUGAACAAAGGUACUUUUAAGGAACAAAACGAUAAACCAUAUUGCCACGGGUGUUUCGACAAAUUAUUCGGUUAAAAAUCUACCGCAAAGUAUUCGUAUUUGUAACAUAAAGACGAACAGGCGCUGUUUCGCUUGGUAUUACUUACAAUUUUUAUAGGCUGCUCACAUAUGUCUAUACCGCGUAGAAUAUGUAAUCGCUUUAGUCAUCAUACACAAGUACUGAUAUUCCACGAUUCAAGCUUCGUAUCGUAACCCGAAGCAGCCUUUGGAAAUUUUUAUAAAUCUCAAUAUGCAAAUGGUGCAACAAUUCAAUUAUAUCACGUAUCGUUGUUUAUUCUUAUGCAUUCUUAUCAUAAGAAUAAGGUAAUAGGAUAACUGUGGUCGUUAUUAUCUUCCAUUGUCCUUAAUAAGGGCACGUUGCUAAUAUUUUCACGAAUAUUUUAUAUUACGUAUUUCACAUUGACCUACAAUCUAAGGAUUAUUAAAGGGUGCUAAUUAGUAGUUUAUUUUUACCACUAAUGUAAUCUUUGAGAGAUAUAUCGAAGAAAAAAGCUGCCAAUUAAAAAAGAUAUUUAUGAAAUCGGAACACUACCAAAUGUUUACAAUUCUGAUAGAUUUGAUACGUGUUUAUAAAAUAUUUAUAUUUACGAUUGCAAUGAUGCAAGUUGUAUUUUCCAAUAUAAAAGUUUCUAUACAGGUUAGUAUUUACCAGGUAUUUGAAUAUCCACAAGAAAUACAAUAUUACAAAUAUCAAUAAAUAUGACAUAAAUUAAUCAAAAGCAAAAUAUUCCAUAAGUGCAUAAUGUAAGAGCAGUAAAAAUAUGAAUUAAAGAUUAAUUUUUGUAGUA